AUGAUUGAGCUUGGAUUGACCCGUGUCUCGCGUCUCCUCCAGCAGACCCCGCUGUCGUGGAAGGCCAUCCAUAUUGCCGGCACCAAUGGUAAAGGCUCGAUCAGCGCCUAUCUGUCUCAUUUACUGGCUGCUGGUGGAGUUCGCUGUGGCCGUUUUACGUCUCCGCAUCUAAUUGAUCGGUGGGAUUGCAUUACAAUUGGCGGAAGUGUGGUUCAGGAAUCGCUCUUCCGACAAAUCGAAGACCAAGUGAAGCUACGAGACCGAACGUUGGGCAUUGGGGCUUCCGAGUUCGAAGUAUUGACUGCAACCGCGUUCGAGAUAUUCAACCAUGAACGAAUCGAGGUCGGAGUGGUUGAAGUGGGCAUGGGCGGCCGUCUGGACGCUACAAAUAUUCUGAACAAUGUUCUCGUGUCAGUCAUCGCCAAGAUUGGGAUGGAUCAUCAAGCGUUUCUUGGGUCUACCAUCCAGGAGAUCGCUGGCGAGAAGGCGGGGAUCUUAAAGCCGGGAGUUCCCUGCGUCGUGGAUGGCACCAACACUCCGGCGGUAAUCGAGACGUUGACGAGUCGUAUCCAAGAGCUCGGUAUUGCCGCCAGUUUUGUCUCCCCGGAAAAUGCUGAUGAUCAACUUCCACCGCUCUCACGGGCGUUCCACACGCUUGACCUUGAACCCCACCAGCAGGAGAAUUUGUGUUGCGCAGUGUCAGCGCUCCGCUUGGCGUUGUCUAAGUUACGUCCCGAGAAGGAUGUGUUCUCUCUGCUUCCUCAUAUUGCCGAUGUUACGUGGCCGGGCCGUCUACAUAAUAUCAAUAUUCAGCCACUGGUUGAUCGCGCGGAGCCUGUCCUGCUUGAUGGUGCGCACAAUGUACAGUCGGCCGAAGUGCUUGGCAGGUAUGUUGACCACAGGCUGCGCCCACGGGGUGGUCCUGUGACUUGGGUUCUGGCCGCAUCAAGCGGCAAAGAUCUUGCUGGGGUCUUCGCAUCCAUCAUUCGGCCUGGUGAUAAUGUCGCGACGGCAGAGUUUGGGCCUGUGGACGGGAUGCCCUGGGUCAAACCAACCAAUGCCGCCGAGCUCGCUUCGUCGGUCCGAUCGAUUCAGGGAAUCGGCCAGGUGGAGAGCUUCGAGGGCGAUCUAAUUCCUGCGAUCAACUGGGCCAGCCAAACGGCCCGAGGCAAGUCUCUGGUCAUAGCUGGCAGCCUAUACCUGGUUUCAGAUGUUCUCCGUCUGCUUCGCAAUGUACAGCAAUAA